AAAUAUAUAUACAUUUUUUUUAAUUACCAUUUCUCAUCAGCUGAUAAGCAGACAGACAUGUUCAAGUAUAUGCUUCGGCGCUUAAAAAAAUCGAAGCGGGAUUUUGAUCCUAACGUCUUUCCAUACACGAGAGCUGGGUAGAAAGUGCUUUAUGCUCCUAGCGGUCCACGGAUAAAAAUUUCUUUCGGCGGGGAGGAGCGGCGGACGAAGGCAUCGUGGAGGGACGCGGAUUGUAGCGAGUCCAAGUCCAGGUCCAGGUUGGUUAGGCUGAUAGGUUUCUGUCAGACUGAUGCAGACACACAGCGACACUCUUCGUCUAUUUAUUUAGCAGGUUUUCAGCGUUGUUUUCUGAUGAGAUAUCGCUGCUCCACUCAUCACAGGCACAACCAUGUAAUAGGUGAAGACGGUCAUCACGACGGAAGUCUCCUCAGCCGCAGCUCACCUCCAUUCAGAAAACUAAUAACCCUGUUAUGAGACCACAAAGAAGAAAGCAUGGGGCCAACUCCAGUUCUACCAAAUGUGCUGUUCCCCACAGCAGAGCUCAUGAAACUCCAGCAUCUCAUCGAGCACCCCGGGCAAAAGAGCGCCUGGAGCCGAGGGUGCGAUCAGCCGCUCAGCACUGUGGACACACAGCAGCCUUCUCCUGCAGCUGCCCGUCUGAUUCCAGCACGGAUCUGCCGGAGCGUCACUUAUCCAGGCAGGCCGGAGGCCUGAGCAUCCACGAUCAGGAAGAUAGUAACACAGACCUGUCUGAGGGGGAAAAAGAUCCUGUUUCACCCUGCAGUGGAGUCCCGCCAAAACUUGAGCUCAGACCAGAGGUCAUAAAGGAUGGGGAGUCCUCCCUCCAGAUCCACAGAUCCAAAAGACACGGAACAUUUGAGUUCCCAGACUUCCUCCCUCCACCGUUAAACUCUUGGAACUUGAGUCAGCUGGCCGUCUUCUACAAAAUGGAGGAUAAAGCAGCGUCCCGGCUGAGGCCUGUGGGCCCUCUGGAGCGAUACCUGGAGAGGCUGCUGCAGCUGGAGUGGCAUCAGAUGCAGACUGUUCAGGAAGAGCGUGGCGAGUCGGCACCACCAGAGUCUACAUUCACCUGUUACCGGGCACCAACAACUGCCUCGGCUCGCCUCAGCUCUCCGAAGUGCAUCCUUCAGUGUCAGCGUGCCUUCCUGCUCACCUUCCUCUCAUCUCUGGGGGGUCACCCCAGCCUGCUGUCUGGCUGCACCUGCACUGUCUGCCAGAUGAAAUACUCCAACUGCACUGCCUUCUGCUGCCGCUCCUAUCACAGCCGUCAGUCCGGACCUCCUUCCAUGCUGGAGCGCAGCCACAGGUCUUCAUCUCUUGCAAAAAGGAGCUCCAGUGAGAGCCGCCCCUCCUCCUCAGACAGGAGCUGCAGGGCUCCCAGGUUUAACAGCCCCGUCAGGACCAGCAGCCACAUGAAGAGAAUGCAAGCAUCAGGAAACAUCCGCAACCCCAAUCAAGGUGCAACAACCCGAUCUCAUUCCACUGUCAGGGACUCCGCCGACAGCUCUGGGAGGGGGCCUGUGUCAGACGGCAAGAUGGGAGUUUUAUGGAGGAGCACAGACUCUGAGCAUAGAAGAGGUGGAGCGGAUCGACCGCCGAACAGAUCAGAGGAAAGACGGAGCUUUUCUGAGUGCAGGAAAACUGGAGGUGAGCGGUCCAGAGCAGCUGGCUCGAAGAAGCAGCAAACAAAAGCCGAUUCUACCACUGGCAACACGAAACCCAAAUCCAAACGAUCCCAAACCUGCAAGCCCAGCAGAACCAGACUAGUGGAAUUUGUCAUAUAAGUAUGAUAGAGCAGAAUGUAAAAUUAGUCUUUUUUUCCUUUUUUUUAAGUACUUUUUUGGGCAAUAAUUUAUUAUAACUAGAUACUGGAGAUAAUUUUUCAGUUUUUGAUAUCAACUAUCUGUAAAUGUGCAUUUUAUGAUUGUUUUGAAGCUGUUUCAGGGGAAAAAUCCUUCAGUAUGUUUACAUAACUGCUACAUGUCAAGGAAUAUGGACAAGCCUGUAUGUUUUUAAUUAAACAACAAAUCUUUUAAAAUGUU